AUGACGUCCGGUCUGACUAGCUAUUUCAACUCUAAAUUUGGUACGUUACGCGUUUUGAAAAUGGCAUUCUCGUCAGUUAACGAUUUGACUGCUAGGCUUGAAAAGCUGGAACAAAAUAUCACUUUGACAUUACAGGAAAUUGACAACAAUUUUUCCAGAUGUCAACAUAAAGUAUCUACUAGAAUAUUACCACAAAUCUCGCGUUUUGCAGAAGUUUCGGAGGAUAUUUGGGAAAACUCCAAGUUAUGGUGGUCCUUCUUUGAAUCUCUAGAUUUAUCUUCUUCAAAUGAUAAUUUUUCACCACCAUCGAUGGAAGAUUUCGAUAAUUCCAAUGGCAAAAAAAAGUGUGAUGAGAUUUUAUCAAACGCGACAAACAAUAAUAAGACCACUAACUCGAGUAUCUACCCACCUGCUAAAAAUAAUAACUCUCCACUACCUUUGAUGAAAGAUUUCGAUAAUUCUAAUGGCAAGAAGAAGUGUGAUGAGAUUUUAUCAAACGCAACGAACAAUAGUAAGACCACCAAUUCAAGUAUCUACCCACCUUCUGCGAAAUAUCUUUCUAUAUCAUCGACGCCAUUACAGGAUCCACCAAAGUUGGAGCACAAGUUACUACAAUCACUAGCUUGGGGUGAAAAAAUUCCAAAGAAGAAAGGGUCGGGUGACCUUUCUCAUGGCACCAGCUCUACUUACAUAUCUAUGCCAGCUUUACCGCCGUCCGAUCGUAGACCAAAUACGUUGAUAGAACGCGUGAUGCAAAGGCAACAAAUGUUGGCCAAACAAACACCACUAAGACCUAUUAUAGAAAAAAAUCCAUAUAAAGGAGCAAACUCUCGUCCAGGCUCCUAUUUCCCUGGUGGUCCACCAUCGUCCCGUGGUACUGAUAGUGACUUUGCCGAAUUCUCACCACCAGUCACGAUCCAAUUUUCAGUUGCACCGUCAAAGUUACUGAAAACUCCGGCGAAAGAAGCUGCCAAGAUUAUCGUUGAUGAUCUUAUAAGCAUUCUAAGUCCAGUUCCACCAACUCCAGUUAGCGUAGAUGAGGAUGGAUACUGUACUGUUAAAUCCAAGACCUUUUCUAACGUGUUGGAUUCCAAAAUCCUUCCAG